GGGGUCAAGGCGAAACUAACAGAAACUAACGCUGCCUUUAUUUUUUUCACAUUCCAGCACAGCACUUUGAAGAUGGAUAUAGAAGACUGCAAUGGGCGCGGUUACAUUUCAGGGAGCGGUGAUUCCUCAAUGGACAAGGAGUUCUCUGGGGCGAUGGGUCCCACGGUGAGCACCCCCAAUAGUCAGCACUCGUCACCCAGCCGUUCCCUGAGUGCCAACUCCAUCAAGGUUGAGAUGUACAGCGAUGAAGAGGCAGGGAGGCUUCUGGCACAGGAGGAUGGUGUUAGUGAUAAAGAGGAAGCGGUCCUUGCAGACGAGUCUUUGUUGGACCCUCUAGGAUUCUGUGAGGGCGUUGGGCAGGGACCUCAUUCUCCUGGAGGGAUCCGCCUUCCUAAUGGAAAACUGAAGUGUGAUCUAUGCGGAAUGGUCUGCAUUGGACCGAAUGUCCUUAUGGUACAUAAGAGGAGUCACACUGGUGAACGUCCUUUCCACUGUAACCAGUGUGGUGCCUCGUUCACACAGAAAGGAAACCUGCUGCGACAUAUCAAGCUGCAUUCGGGGGAAAAACCUUUCAAGUGUCCGUUCUGUAACUACGCCUGUCGGAGAAGGGAUGCACUUAGCGGGCACCUCCGCACACACGCAGUCUCCUCCCCCACUGUCGGCAAACCCUACAAGUGCAACUACUGUGGCCGGAGCUACAAGCAGCAGAGCUCACUGGAGGAGCACAAGGAACGCUGUCACAACUACUUGCAGAGUCUGAACGCUGAGCCCCAACAGCCAACUGCUCAGCAAGGGUGUUUACUUUCGUCAGCAGGGGAGGAGAGCCGAGACAUGGAUGUGAUGCCUGACCAUAUCCUUCAGCCAGCCCCUGACAGGCCUUCCUUCAUAGACCGGCUCGCUCACAGCAUCGCAAAACGAAAAAGAUCUACUCCCCAGAAAUUUGUGGGUGAUAAACACAUGCGCCUCAACCUCUCCGACGUCCACUUUGAGAUGAACUCCAAUUUUGAGAAGGACGUGGAGAUGAUGGUUCCCCACGUCAUGGACCCCAGUCUGGGCGGCGCUCUGUCCUUCCUGGGAUCGGAAGCCAUGAAGCCUCCCAGGCUCCCGGUGACCAGCUGCGUGCCGGAGAUCACGCCGGUGAUCAGCGCCGUCUACUCGCACGUCCAUCCCAUCCAGGCCCGCGGCGAGGCCCACGGCAGCCGUGAGGCAGCCGAGGGACACGAGGACGUGUCUGAAGGCGGGACGCUGAGUUCCCGAGCCAAGAACCAAUUGGUGGAGCUCGGCGUGUCUCCCAGCAACGGCUGUCACGAUUCCACAGAUACAGAGAGCAGCCACGAAGACAGGCACGCCCAGACUUUCCCUAGUAACUAUACCACAAGGCAAAGCCCGGCCUAUUCCAAAGAGGACCCAAAGGCACAGGAGCCUCGGUCAUCUGCCAAAGCAGCCCCAAGCUCAGCCAAAGAGGUCCUAAGAGUCUUAAAUGAAGACGGGGAGAAGGUCAAGGCCUACAAGUGUGACCACUGCCGGGUGCUCUUUCUCGACCACGUGAUGUUUACCAUACACAUGGGUUGCCAUGGUUUCAGAGACCCGUUUGAGUGCAACAUCUGCGGCCACCACAGCCAAGACCGGUACGAGUUCUCCUCGCACAUCGUCCGGGGAGAGCACAAAGUGAGUUAGGCCUCUCUCUCUCUCAGCUAGAGAGAGAGCGAGCGAGAGAGAGAGAGCG